AUCACACAUAGUAGACCGUAUUCCGUUCAAAUCACGGUGGUCUGCACCGCCGCGAUUGUAUACGGGACAGGGAAGCCUUUUGUUGCGCGAACAAUUCAAACUCAUUCAGAUGACUGAGGAUAUAAAUUGUUUGAACGAAUAUACAGUUCCUCGUCCGUUCGCCUUAACAUUACUGUGGUCUGCACCGCCCGUUUUCAGCAAUGAUUAACUCAUAGUUUAGACCAAACGGUACAUGUGCGACCAGACAUUGAAGGAGUACUUUCCUCCAGUGAGUUUGUUGAUAAGAGGAAAACAGCAGAAUGGCCGAAUCAACAGACGGCCAAACAUUAAGACUGAUCGAGAGGUCGCAACAUGUCAGCACGGGAAAUACGUCAGGAGAUGAAAAGGAUACCAAAGACAGCGAAUCUUCUAAUGCAGAUGGCAUCAAUAUGUGGCAGACAGCUGUUUCCAUAUCGGGUAUUUGUGCCGGUCUAGGUUUUCUAGCCGUCGACGUUCUUGUCGUUAGCACCGGUUGGGUUGGUUUCUUGCUCUUCGGCCUUUUGUAUGCCGCCUUGCUGUACACGUCGAUCAUAUUGGGUCGCUGCUGGAAUAUGGUACGGGCGAAGUGGGGCAGUGAGCGGCAUCCGUACGGCGCUAUUGGCCAGGAGGCCUUCGGUGACUGGGCACGAGGUGUUGUCAAUGUUUUAGUAGCUGUCGCUUGCUUCACCAACGCCAUUGUUUUUCUCAUGGGCUUCACUGAAAUGACCCUAACGAUAGGCGGGCCCGCACUGGAAGGUACUCUGUGCUACUGGCCUCCUGUGUUUGGGGUAAUCAUCUGUCCCUUUCUGUGGCUAGCUACUCCAAAGAAUUUCUGGUUGGUAUUAGCAGGCAGCUUUUUCACCGUCGUCCUGUCUGUGAUUUUCGUCAUCAUAUCAAUAUUUGUGGCUGGCGAUUCCAUGUCCAAGGGGACUAGCAACACCACGGUCACCACCCAUGGAGAGCUUCACGGAGAGAGCGAUUUUCUGCACCUCGCUGAAGUAGCCGGGACGGUUUUCUGGCUGAUGGGACAGCACAGUGUUAUUCCGACUUUGCAACAAGACAUGCAACAGCCACAGGGCUUCACUAAAGCCAUCAUCAUUGCUGACCUACUGACGUUAUUCCUCGCCCUGCCCAUGAUGCUGGUCUUGCUCAUCAUUUUCGGCGACACGCUGACCAACGUGACGGGUACCGCCAUCGUCUUCGACUUGCUACCGGAGGACGCCCUCAAGAAAGUCGCUGCUCUGCUCAUCUUGGUCCAUCUGGCUGGUGGCGUCUUGCUGGUGAACAACCCGCUGUUCCAGUAUUUGGAAGAGGUUCUAAAUAUACCAACAGAUUUUAGCUGGAAGCGAGUGGUUCUUCGCUCCUCGGUGCUCCUCGGGCAGAUCUUCGUCCAAGAGACACUGCCUCACUUCACGCUCUUGUCUUCCAUCUCUGGCGGAUUCCUUACGCCCAUCCUUGCCUUGAUAGUGCCUUGCCUCUGCUACCUACGCUUGCGGAGAAUAUACCAAGAAGUACCCUCAAAACUCUACACCCUCGAAACAGUCGUCUGCGUCAUCAUCAUUGGAGCAACUCCUUGCCUAAUAGGCGCCAUUUUGUUCGGCACUGGGACAGCCAUCGUCCGUGGUAAGACGGCGUUCACGGUGCCGUGUUACGUCAACGCGACCCAAGCUAGACUCUGAGUAGAAUUUUACCCUUUUUCGCGAGACCGUCCUUUUAAACUUUUUAACCAUUUUUAGUUAUUUUGGUUUUGAAAUAAAAAAACAAACUUUGUAAUCUUUGUAUGACAUUGCUGACUGAUAAAGUUUGAUAUUUUGGGUAACUGGGACUUCGUCAGCAGAACACAUUGGAGCUUUACUUGUUUAGAAAGUAUAGUCUGUUUUUUUUAACUCAAAAAAGCAUUUAGCAGAUUACAUUCAUUAAUGUACUGUUUUGUGUUUGUACACAAAAAGGACUCCAUUUUGUUAAAAAAAAACGGCUUUGCAAUUAAUUCAGCAGAAUCAAGCGUUUGUUAAGUGAAUGCUUUUCAGUAAGAGCAAAAAAGAAAACCCAAAUGGCAGGACCAUUUACUUAAUAAAGUUAUGCAUUUAGCGUUAUAAACCCAACCCAAAAAUAAAGGUUCUGUCCACGGAUCAAAAAAAGGCGUGUGUUCUUUUCAGCAAAACGAAAACAAUUCACAUUUUCGUUUUUCUGAAACAACAUCCUUUUUUGUAAUCCGUGGACAGAACUUUAAAACGGUAGUUGUGUUUAAAAUUCCGAAACUGAAAAAGUACGUAAGUGAUUUGAAUGAUUCUCGUACUAAAAAAAGCUUUGUAUAUAAUUGGGCUUAUAUAUCCUAGAUUUUGAUAGCGCUACAUGGAGAACUUCGUUAAAACAAUUGGUCCUGCCAUUUGGGUUUCCUUUUUGACUCACCCUGUAGAAAACAAUAAUGAGUCAAGCAUAAUGCUUUUACUAAAAAAAAAUGCAAUUGUCGUUUGUGUAGACUAAUAACUGGCAUUUGCUAGUUUUUAUGAAUAUUUCUCACUCUCAUAUUAUUAUGUUCUAUUUUGUGUUUAAUUUUACAUAACAUGGAGAAGGAAGUUGUGCAAGAUAAAUAUUAUUUAUUCCAGAAUUAAAUCUCAUAUAUAAGUCAUUUUAUGUAUACAUAUAGCUUUUUUCUAUGUAACGUUUUGCUCAUUUUCAUAUUCUGAGCAAAGAUGUUGCUUAUCUGUAGUCAGUAGGCUAAAGACUUAAUUGAAUUUCGAAAAGAUUUUUAGUUGUUUUAUCACGUGGUUGCCAAAUAUUAUGGGAUGAAAUCUUCAACAUAGGUCCUAAUUUUGAUUUAACAUGGCAGAGUGUUCUUUGGUGUUUGUAAUUAGAACUUUAAUAACCGUUAGUAGUGGCAGGACCAGAGCACAGCGGCUGACUAACGUUGCCGACGCUAGUAUGACAUUGAUCACUUUAAACGGUGAAUUAAAAGGUGCAAGUGGAUUCUUACGUAAUGCAACUUAGCCACACAGAUAUAGAAAUAAUCAAAUUUAUUUUUUUUAUAACUGAAACUUUGGAAAUGUUAUGAGGAUUUAAACCCCUUCCAAAAGCUAUUUUAGACAAGAAAACAGUAAAAAUAUAUUGUUUUAUAGUCACCGACUAUUUAGUUCUGAGUUUCGGCCUUCAAUCAUUGUAGUUUGGAACCACCGAGGUUCGAGAACGUUGAGUCAAUCACAAGAGAUGGGUGAUGAAGUGUUUUCUUUUUUUUUCAGCGGAUGUAUUAUUUUUGUGAAUAUUAUUUGUUGUUAUUUUAAUUAGAAGUCAAGAAGAGGCCUACCCACACAGGCGCAGAUCCAGAGGGGGAUUUGGGUGUC